CUGUCAAAAAUGGUCAGAAAUUUUACAUAACAUUGAGGUUAUCGUUUAGUCGAGUGUAAGCAGUGGGAAACGUAUAGUAAAAGCAGCGAAAAUGUUGUCGAUGUUGAUGGCAAAGAAGGACCAGGAGAAGCCGUACGCGUAUUUCGAUACGCCGGACGGCGAAGACGUCUUCCCGAAGUUGUGGUCCGUUUUGAAGCCGACUUUCAUCGUCGGUUUGGGACUCUCCACCGUCGACGUCCUCCUCCACUCGAAGCCCCAGGGUUACGCCAAGAUCCUCGGAAGGUACGCCUUCCUCACGCUCCCAUUGAUGGGUAUGAGCGCGGCGUUCGUGGUAACCACAAACAUGGCUUGCAACAUCCGCAGCAAAGAUGACAAGAUCAACUGGCUGUUGGGUGGUGCUGCUGCAGGUGCAAUCUUUGGUGCCUGGAGGGGUAACACUGAGGCAGCAUGUGCAGGCAUGAUGGCCCUCUCUGGCCUAGCCGUAGGUAAAAAGCAUUGCAUUCAGAAUGGCUACACCAUAAUUCCCACCCAUGUCCAUCCAAUGGCUGGUACUAUCUGGACCCCCAAACAUGAUUGGACUCUGACCAAAGACAAUCCAGGCGCAUGGAAAUUGGAUCAGUAAAUGGAGCACACUUUCUAAUGCUUUUGAUGGUAGUCCGAUUGUUGUUCUGUUGUAUAUAAGUUAAUAAAUUAUAUUAAUCACGUU